CUCAUGUUUUCCCCCGGAGUUCCUCCCCCUGCGGCGCUGGGCGGAGUUUCAUACCGGACUAGACGCUCCUUUUGUCGGAUCCGUUUCGACCUGACUCCCCGGGGUUUACGGCCGAAAAAAACACACUUUGAAAGUCCCGAAAUAAUCCAAACGAGCACGGUGGUGUGCAGUAAUAACCCGGGUUUCUGCCUGAAUCAAAAGGAGGAGGAGGAGGAGGCGGAGUCAUCUCCGUCAGUCGCUGCAUGAUGAACGGCAGCAGCAGCGUCUCUGUGGCUCAAAGCGCCAGAAUCAAACGAGAACCAGAUGAGUGGAGUAAAGAGGACUGUCUGACUCUGCUGGAGAGGAUUCGCGGUUUGCUGCCGGAUGGAGACGGAAUGAAAUAUAAAACCACGGAGUCGCACUUCGACUGGGAGAAAGUUUGUUUCGGCAGCUUCAGCGGAGAAAUGUGUCGCCUGAAAUGGCAGAAAGUCUCGUCAGAGGUUCGGAAGUACAGAACGAUGACGGAGCUCAUCGUGGACGCCAUCGAGUUCGUGAAGAAUCCGUAUAAAGGCAAGAAGCUGAAGACUCACCCAGAUUUCCCCAAGAAGCCUUUGACUCCGUACUUCCGCUUCUUCAUGGAGAAACGAGCCAAAUACGCCAAAAUCCACCCGGAGAUGAGCAACCUGGACCUGACCAAGAUCCUGUCCAAGAAGUACAAAGAGCUGCCAGACAAGAAGAAGCAAAAGUACAUCACAGAGUUCCAGCGAGAGAAAGAAGAGUUUGAGAAGAACAUGGCUCGAUUCAAGGAGGAUCAUCCAGAACUCAUCGAGGAGAGAAAGAAGUCCGACCUGCCGGAGAAACCCAAAACUCCUCAACAGCUGUGGUACAACCACGAGAAGAAGACCUACAUGAAGCUCCACCCAGAGGUGAGUCAGAAGGAGCUGAAGGAGGCUCUGAGGAGACAGUGGUCCCAACUGUCCGACAAGAGGCGCCUCAAGUGGAUCAGCAAGGCCCUGGAGCUGCAGAAGGACUACGAGGACAGUAUGAGAGCGUAUCAUGAAGCUCAUCCCGACGUGAACUCAGAUGAUCACGUCCGCUCCGUCCUCACCAAGGCAGAGAGACAGCUGAAGGACAAGUUCGAUGGAAGGCCCACAAAACCACCACCCAAUGGCUACUCUCUGUACUGUGCGGAGCUGAUGGUGAACAUGAAGGAUGUCCCCAGCACCGAGCGGAUGGUGCUCUGCAGUAAACAGUGGAAAAUGAUGACACAGAAGGAGAAGGACAUGUUUCAGAAACGGUGCGAGCAGAAAAAGAAGCAGUACGACAUCGACCUGCAGAGGUUUCUAGAGAGUCUGCCGGAGGAGGAACGAGACCGCGUCAUGACCGAGGAGAAACUGGGCGGGUCCAAGCUGGGCGUGGCCACCAGCCCGCACAGAGCCAAGUCUCCUUCUGUUAAGGAGCGCAGUCGGGAGGCUGAGCCAGAGACGUGGGUGUCCGCCGGAGCGCCAAAGGAGAGACGAGACGGGAAGAAGGCGGCGAAGCUUCCGGAGACGCCGAAAACCGCAGAAGAGAUGUGGCAGCACAGCGUGAUCGGAGACUAUCUGGCGAAAUACAGAAGCGACCGCAGGAAGGCUCAGCAGGCGAUGGAAGCGGCCUGGAAGUCCAUGGAGAAGAAGGAGAAGAUUCCUUGGAUCAAGAAGGCAGCGGAGGACCAGAAACGUUACGAGAGGGAGCUGUUGGAGAUGAGGGCGCCGCCGGCAGCUCAGAGUCAGAGGAAACCCAAGUUUGACGGAGAACCAAAGAAACCUCCAGUGAGCGGGUAUCAGAUGUUCUCCCAGGAGCUGCUGACCAACGGCGAGCUGAACCACUUCAGCCUGAAAGAGCGGAUGGUGGAGAUCGGCAAGCGGUGGCACAAACUGACCCAGAGUCAGAAGGACAAGUACAAGAAGCUGGUGGAGGAGCAGCAGGUGGAGUACAAGGCCGAGCUGGAGGCCUGGGUCAAGUCUCUGUCUCCUCAGGAUCGAGCCAUCUACAAGGAGUUUUCCACCACGAAACGUCGCAGCACCACUAAAGCUCGCAGCAGCCCAGGAGCCAAAGUCCGAGUGACGGCGAAGAGCAAGGCGGGAGGCUCAAGAGCCGCAACGCCGGGGGUCGCAGUGAGCAAGAGGGCGAUGGCGUACCGAGCCAAGCAGGACAUGUCCGACUCAGACGAGGAGGAGGAGAAGAGCGACUCGUCCGACUCUGAUGAAGACGAUGAGACGUCAGGAAGCAGCGACAGCGACGACGACGAUGACGACGAGAACGAUGAUGAAGACGAUGAAGAUGAAGAUGACGAAGACCAGUCGUCCUCAGAAGAAUCCAGUGACUCGGACUCGGACUAGCUCCGCCCCCUCCCCCUCAUUGGAGAGGACAGGCUGUGCAGGCCACGCCUCCUCACAUGCCAAUCAAUCCCGGCGGACCAAUGAGAAGCGGUGAUGUCACACUGCUGGGACGCUGGCCCCGCCCACCUCCCCUCUGAAGGGGGGCGGAGCCUGACGGAGCGUUUUGUUACCCGUGUGUUUGUUUUUGUUUUUUAUGGAGUGUUUGUUGGUUUUUAUCAGACGGACGUUUCAGAAGGGCGGAGACGGCGAGAUGUUUUCUUUUUCCUGAGUGGGGGCGGGGUUUGUACAGAGUAUGACAGGCAGGGGAGGGGCGGGGCCUAUUGGUUGUCUUUAGUCACAGCUGAGGGAGGAGUCAGUGUUCAGCCUCCAAUCAGCUGCCUGCCUGAGAAAAUUAUUAAAAAAUAAAUGCACUUUUUCUCA